AUCAUCAUCAAAUCUUGCAGUUUCCUCUAGAUUUUCCGAUUAAAAGGAGAAGAGGAAGAAGAUGGAAGAUGGUGCUCCUAGUUCCGAUCUUCUUUGUCCGGAAAAAGAAGUCUUUUUAGGGGAAGUUGAAAACAUUACUUUUCUUAACUUGAAUUGUAUGGAUGAUGAGUAUGUGCAGGGGUUGGUUCAAAAAGAAAUCAAUUUUGGGUUCAAAAAGGAAGAGUCUUUGGUUCUUAGUAACGGAUUUAGAUGUGCUCGUUUGGAAGCUAUUACUUGGAUUCUCAGAAACAGAGAAAUCUUCGGAUUUCAAUUCCAAACAGUUUAUCUAUCAAUCACUUAUUUUGAUCGGUUUCUUGCCAAGAGGUCCAUUGAUAGAGAGAAAACAUGGGCAAUUCAUUUACUUUCAGUGGCUUGUCUUUCUCUGGCGGCGAAGAUGGAGGAGCUAAAAGUUCCAGCGCUGCCGGAGUUCCAUUUUCAAGAUUACAGCUUUGACAGUAGAAUGAUUCAAAGAAUGGAGCUUUUGGUAUUGAACACAUUGGAAUGGAGGAUGAGUUCGAUCACUCCCUUCGUUUUCCUUCAUUAUUUCAUUGGAAAAAUGUUGCCGGAGUCUCUGCCGGAUCAUAUUCUGCCAAGAAUCGUUCAUUUCAUAUUGGCUGUAAUGAAAGAGACCAACCUAACAGAACACCGGCCAUCUGCUAUAGCAGCUGCCGCCACAUUGGCAGCAUUGGAUCAUAGAUUAACAAGAAAAACAUUGGAGUACAAAAUAAACUCUGUUCCUUCUUGUGGAUUUCUUGAAAUCGAAGAUGUUUCUACAUGCUAUAAUCUAAUGCAGAAACUAGAGAUGAAGAAACUUGAUUCGUCAAAGCUUAUAAAUUCACCGGAUCAAUCGUCGUCUAAAUUAAGGCCAAUCAAUGUUUUAGAGAAUUCUUCAAGUUCUGCCGGUACCAAGAGAAAAAGGCUUGAUUUCAAUAAUACUGAUAAUGAGUAAAGGCUCUGCUGAGAUUAUUUUCCCUUAGAAUAUAUCAGCAUGAUUUGGAGUUGAUUGAAAACGGAGAGAAAAGGAAAAAAGAAGCAAAUCUGGGGGCUACAUUUUAGAAAGCUGAGUUUUUUUACACCAGCAAUGUCAUGGAUGUCUUGAAGGCUGCUGAAAAACAGUCAGUUCAAGCUCAACUUUAUUUUUUUUUUUUCUUUUUUCAUUCUUUAUAUCUUUAUUUCUUUUGUGGGUUUAUAAUGUCUCAUGUAACCCUACAUUUUGAUGGGAUGCUUGAGACACUUUCCUUCUUUUUCAUGUGUUAUCUUGAGGGGGGAGGGUUUGAAGCUCUCUGCCAAUUUGAUUUGAUGCAUAUCUUUGUUGGAUGUUGGCCUUCAAAAAUGAAAAUUGUAAAGGAUU